AUGGACUCAUCGACGCCGCCGCUACCUCCUCUCGGGAGUAUCAUCCUGGCUCGUGAAGGCCUCACCGGUCUCCUCCUACCUGGGCUUUCUGUGCUGGCCUGUCUCAUUGCUACGGUCAUAGCUUCGUCAAUCUUACUUCCAUACUUCAAUGACCCGUACAAACUUCGAGCGUACCCUGGACCAUUCUUCGCGAAGUUCACAUCCGCUUGGCUCUCUUGGAUUAUCGGCCACAACCGAUGGUCAGAGACUGUGUAUCAUCUACAUCGUCAACACGGCCCCAUCGUUCGCCUCGGCCCUGACAACGUCUCCAUUUCCGACCCUUCUGCCUUAGCAGCCAUCUACGGCCACUCAUCUGGUGCAUUGAAAUCAACUUUCUACGACGCUAUCUCGAGUAUCAGAAUCAGGAAUCUAUUCAACACGCGCGACCGUGCCGAGCAUUCACGCAAACGUCGCAUCGAGGCACACAUGUUCUCACCUCGGGGUAUCCGGGCGUUGGAGGAUACUGCGCGUGUCCAUUUCCAGGUACUUGUGCGUCAGUGGGAUACACUAUGUGCGCACACAGAUAAGGCAAUACGCGGAAGUGCCGAAGGGACAAUCGGUACGGUUCACUGGAAGGUGCAUAGCGGAAGAGUCUGGUUUGAUUGCAUGCCUUGGUUCACCUUUUGGUCAUUCGACACGAUCAGUGAUCUUGCAUUUGGUCAUCCUUUCGGUAUGCUCGAAGCGGCGAAGGACACUGCUAAAAUAUCGAAAUCCAAUAUUAAAGGUAUGCAGGCAAUAUCACAGGGUAAUUCCCACUCGGACGAGGCGGAAUUGGAACUGGAGGAAAUCCCUGCAAUCGAGAUGCUCGCCGAGCAUUUAGACAUCAUCGUGUCUCUGGCGUUUCUCCCAGCAUGGCUUCAGCCCAUUGUUGGCCGUCUUCCAAGCGUCCGAUAUGGCUAUGAUGCUGCUCCAAAGCUUGCGGGCCUCGCCGUCGCAGCCGUAGCCAACCGCUUCGCGUCUAAAACUAAAAUCGAUCGUGCGGACAUGCUGUCCGAGCUGCUGCGAGGAAGAGACGAGGAUGGAAAGCCUUAUGGUCCGGAAGAGCUAAGUGCUGAGGCAGAGCUUCUAAUCAUCGCCGGUGGGGAUACCACCGCCAAUUCUUCGUGCGCGACAACUUACCAUCUCGCACGCAAUCCCCGGAUCCGAGCAAAGCUGCAGGCUGAGCUUGACGCAGCACUGGAGGGCAUCGAUUCCGAUGUAGCGCCUUACGAUGCGGUGAAGGACCUACCCUACCUCGAUGCCGUCAUCAACGAAGGCCUCCGCCUGCACUCGACAAUAGGCGCAGGCCUGCCUCGCGUUGUCCCCCCUGGUGGACUGACCGUUCUCGGACAGCACCUGAAGGAAGGGACGGUGGUGAGCUCGCCGCUUUACUGUCUGCACAGGAAUGAGGUGGUGUGGGGCGAGAACGCACACGAGUUCUACCCUGAGAGGUGGCUCGAGGCAUCCGCGGACGCGAAGAAAGAGAUGAUGCGAUCGUUUGCGCCUUUCUCUGUGGGUCCGAGGGCAUGCUUGGGGCGAAACCUUGCGCUACAGCAAAUGCACAUCGUAUUGGCGACCAUCUUUCAUCGGUACAAUUUGGUUCUAGAGAGUGAUGCUCCGCUUCCACUCCGGGACGGUUUUGUGCGGAAGCCGAAGAAUUGCGUUGUUGGCGUACAACGACGGAAGUGA